GAGGCCAGCGCGGCCCGCGGGGCGCCGCAAAGCUCGGGCCGGCUCCGAGCUGCGUGCGCCGCUGUGAAGCGAGCGCGGGCGGCACUGAGGGGACUCACCGGCGGCGGUCGCGGCGCUCUCGAAAUGUCCACCGCGGCGAAGCCCAGAAACGGUGUGCCUCGUGCAGCCUGCCGGCGCGAUUUAAAUUUCCCGGUGACUACGCGUUCUGAUUGGCUGGUUCGAGCCUAA